CUUGCUAUUCGGCAUUUAUGCGGACUUAAAAAUUGAAUAAAAGAAAGUGUGAUUUGUUUUUGUAAUAGUGUCUACAAAUGAUAAAAAGUGUACAGUUAAUUAGGACGUUCAGUUCUAAAUCAAAUAAUAUUAGUUUUCUCACAACACCCAUUUAUUAUGUGAAUGCAAAUCCCCACAUCGGACACCUCUACACUUCGCUGAUUGCAGACGCCGCACAGAGAUGGCGACGCAUUUCGGAUCGUGGUGUGAAAAUCGAAUUUUCGACUGGAACGGACGAACACGGCUCGAAAAUUCAACAAGCGGCCGCGCAAUUCAAGAAAACGCCAUCCGAGUAUUGCGACGACAUUUCAACGCAAUACAAAAAAUUGGCAUCGGAAUUCGGGGUGGGACACACUAAAUUUAUUCGGACUUCCGAUCAGGGACAUAAAGAAACUGUCUGGAAAUUUUGGAACGUUUUGAGUGACAAGCGCUUGAUCUAUCAGUCUAAAUAUGAGGGGUGGUAUUGUGUGUCAGAUGAGACUUUUCUAGUCGAAACACAAUUAAAAGAGAAUGUCUCAAAAGACGGUAAAAAAGUAUUAGUAUCUUUGGAAAGUGGACAUCCGGUUGAAUGGACAGAAGAACAGAAUUACAUUUUCAAAUUGGCUUCAUUUAGAAAUGACUUACUCUAUUGGCUCAACCAAAAUAAUGUAAUACGUCCGAAAAAAUUCCAAAAAAUUUUACUUGACUUUUUACAUAACGAAGAUUUACCGGAUCUUUCAAUUUCAAGACCUUCCUCAAGGGUACAUUGGGGCAUUCAAGUACCAAACGAUGAUUCGCAAACAAUUUACGUCUGGUUGGACGCUUUGGUUAAUUACUUAACUGUCGCUGGAUACUCCACGAAAUCUCCAGAAGAAUUCGCUAAAAUUUGGCCACCAACACUUCAAGUUAUUGGAAAAGAUAUUCUAAAAUUUCAUGGGAUAUAUUGGCCGGCUUUCCUCAUGGCCGCAGAUUUGGCACCACCCAGUUCCAUUCUUUGUCACUCCCACUGGACCGUUGACGGCGAGAAAAUGUCCAAGUCCAAAGGAAACGUGGUCUGUCCCUUUGAUCGCGGUGGCAAAUAUUCCGCUGAUGGACUUAGGUAUUUUCUUUUAAGGGAAGGAGUUGCGCACAACGACGGAAAUUACAGCGAUACGAAAGUGAUACGUAUCCUGAAUUCGGAGCUGGCGGACACAUUGGGGAACCUAUUGAAUCGUUGCACUGCCUCAAGCUUGAAUCCGGAACAGAUCGUUCCGGAAAUCGACCGUUUCACCUUCGAAUCAAUUGCAAGUUUGGACGUGACGAAGAAGUUGAUAGAAAAGGUCGCGUCGUUGCCAGAUAUCUGCGAACAACACUAUUCAGAACUGAACUUUUACAAGUCAAUAGACGCGAUAAUCGCAGCUCUACAUUCGGCCAAUCUGUUUUUCGAAACAAUGAAACCGUGGGAGUUGAAAAAUCGUCCCGAAACCCUGGAAGAACUGAAAGUGGUGCUGCACAUCACGCUGGAAACGUUGCGAGUCGUCGGUAUACUUUUGCAACCGAUCGUUCCGAACAUAUGCGACGCGCUGUUGACUAGAAUUCAAGUGGGAAUGGAGGACAGACACCUGGGGAAUUUGGCGGUUCUGUCCUGGAGCGACACGAACUUUCGUCUCAGGAAAUUGGCAGGAGAGAAGGCAGUAUUGUUUCGGAAAAUCGUGACGGAAGAGGGGAAGAAACAUGUAGCAAGGAAGUCGCUGAAAAAAGUCUAAAAUAUUUGAUUUAAUUUUGUGUUAUUUUUUUUUAUAAAAUAAAUUGUUAAAGUAA